CUGCUUCAAUUUUUAUAUAUUACGCGAAAUAAAUAAAGCGCUUUAUUUAAGGUUUCUCACUAAAAUGUGUUUAUAAGUUAUGUUUGUUUUGUUGGAUCUAAGAGAGGACCUGAUCUAAACGCGCGAAAUACUUGCGUGUGCCCCUCCUUCUGGGGAGGUGAUCGGAUUGCGCUCUGAAAAGUUUUGCAAGUUUUACUCAUAAGCAUAGAAACUGGAGGACGGUGGAGGAAGUUACACAAGGAACACACGUGAAAUAAUCUUUUAACAGACCACAUAAACAACUCACUAUGGGCCCUUGUCGUACUACGCGGGUAUCGCUUCCUGUAAGAAUGAAUUUGAGAAGCUUCCGAAAUGUGCCUCUGGUCCCCAUGGAAACAUCCUCCUCUGAUGACAGCUGCGACAGUUUUGGCUCGGAUAAUUAUUCAAACACGAAAAACGUCAAAUCAGAGAUUUUCACAGAAGAACUGGCUAAGAUUUUUGAUGCAGACUCAGAUGAGGAGUCUUUCUGUGGCUUCCAGUGCACUGAGCUUCCAGAUGUAAUGGGCGCAAUGAAAGUGGAAUCUGAAGAUGAGUCAUUUCAACCAAGGCGGCACAGAAGGCCCCCCCCAUUAAAAGUAGCCCUGAAAUUCCCAGUAAGGAAAGGGAAUGCUAGGGAGAGGACACCUGCAAAGCCACUGUCUCCACAACAAAAGGAAUCUGAGUCUGAUUCAGAUUCUGAUGAUGAAAAAGGCCCAAACUUCAUAGAGAAGAGAGCCAUUAAUAUCAAGGAGAACAAAGCUAUGCUUGCAAAGCUUAUGGCUGAACUGAAGAAUGUGCCAGGAUUUUUUAAUGGGAGAAUGUCUCUGCCUUCGAAUCCCUCACCCAGGAGACCCUCUCGGCGCUCUCUGGGAACAGGCCCUGGGAGGAGGAACCCAGAGCGCAGUGCCCGACCCCAUACCCGCUCGCGCUCCCUGAUUGACGGGCCCCCCACGCCUUCACCAGAGGAGGAUAGCGACGAAGACAAGUACAGCUUGGUGAGGAAGAGGAGUACGAUGGAUGAUGACCAUCAGGGUGAGCCUCGCAGGAGAAGUUAUACAGGUGCUAUGACCAUCCCUCACAUAGUGCGCCCAGUGGAAGAGAUUACAGAGAUGGAACUUGACAAUAUCUGCUUUAAUGUCAGAGAGAAAGUUUAUAAUCGAGCAACAGGGUCCACUUGCCACCAGUGCCGUCAAAAAACCACUGACACAAAAACGAGCUGCCGCAAUCCCAAAUGUGUGGGAGUGAGAGGACAGUUCUGUGGCCCGUGCCUCCGGAAUCGCUAUGGAGAAGAGGUUCGAAAUGCCUUGCUGGAUCCUAACUGGCACUGCCCCCCUUGCCAAGGAAUCUGUAACUGCAGCUUCUGCAGACAGCGAGAAGGGCGCUGUGCUACUGGUGUGCUGGUCUACUUGGCAAAAUACCAUGGAUUUAACAAUGUUCAUGCUUACUUGAAAAGUCUUAAAAAAGAACUUGAAAAUGAAGUGGAUGAAAACUAAAACGUCUUGUCUUUUUAUAUUAGAUUUUACUGUUCCUCUUGACAGAUUUUAAAGUGUAUGUAUAUUUGCCACUUGUGUAACUUACCGAUAUGGUGAAUUGAUCAAAUGUAUGUUGAUUGUAAUUUAAUGCAAGAUAAACACUUGUGCCUUUUGUGACCAAAAUUGGUUAACACUGCUCCAUUCCUGUCUUUAAUUCCAAUGAAUAUGUUAUUGCUGGCAGUAUGUCUGUCUCAGUGUACAUAAUGGAAUUUUACACAAGUUUUAUUUCCAGCACUUAUGAAAUGUACUGAUAUUUGAAUUAACUUGUGUUCAUGUUGAGAUAUGGUGCUAUUUUGUCAAAUAUUUUAGCAAGUUACAUGUAGUAGAGUCAUUGAUUUACUGCUUUACCCCAAUCAAUGUGUGUCUACUAAGCUGUUAAAUUGACAUUCAGAGCCUCCAUCCCCACUGCAGCAAGUUCAUCCAGUCACGAACGACUGCUUACCCUGCACUCCAGGAGCGUUCUCCUACUGACAGGGGUAAAGUUGUGCUGGAAAAGCAAAGAUUCUGCUUCCCAUCGACCUAUAGAAAUAAAUGCUGAUAACAUUUUUCUAAUGUUCAUUAUUGAUUGAUUAAAGUUACUAUGUAGUGAUUGUGAUUAAGUAGAUAAAGGAUCUCCUUUUAUAUGUAUUGCCAGCAUGUUUUCAGCAAAUUAAAAAGAAAUGUGGAAAUUUAA